AUGGAGCAGCAGAUGAUUAAAUUGGAGUGCUUUUGUAAGAUGCAAAAUAAAACUUCGGCAAAUAUUCAGGAAGAAUUGUUGGUGUUUGGCUAUGCUUCACGAUUGUACGCAAACGACGAGCGUGCCGAGUGGUUGGCGGAGGAACGGCAUCUGAUCGCUCAUCCAGCAGAUUCUCAGCUUUUAAUUGAUAGGUAUGAUUGUCGAUUGCACAUGCUAAGUGUGGAACUGCUGAACUUAGCUAGCUCGGUGCAGGAGGGGAAUGGCGGUACUGAUUGCCCGGCUGAAUUGCUCGAAGAGGAAAUGUGCGAAGAGGAACGCUAUAAAGAUAUGUUCGAGGAUAUUAGAAGAUUAGAAGAAGAAAGGGAGGAGCGAAAACGCGCAGAAAUUGAAUUUAUUUAUGAAGAAAGCUGUAAAGCAGCGAUUGCUAGCAGUAGCAGCGAGCAGGACGUCGAUGAGCCCUUUCGACCUCCUGAAAGUAUCAAACUUCCACUGGGCAUGAAUUUGGCAAGUUUUGGUUUCCUGGAAUUCGACCAUCCCUUGAAUGCAUAUUAUAAAUACAUUUCGAAGUUGAUCCGAGAAAAGAAGUAUAUCCCAAAACCGUUCCUGUCAAAGCGACGUCCGGAAUCGAAUAACCUGGAAUCUUUGGAAGGGCAGCGCAGUCUGGACAGUGCUGCUGAAAAAAGUAAAUUUCUGAAUACUGAUGUGAAUACUGAUGUUCAUUUCAAGUAUUUGCAUGAUGUUUUUGGUGAAUAUUCAGAUUCUGGUGCUGAAAGCGAUUCGGAUUUCGAUUCUGAAGGUGAUGGUAACGAUGACUAUCUCCAUCCACUGCUCAUGGGUCGAUUGCGCAAAAAUGAUUCUCGCAGUAGUUCUCCUGUAAUUGGUCCGAAAACAAAGGAGGAGCAUGAGGCUGCUAAUGACGUCUAUUCUUCUUUGUAUAAAAGCCUGUCGGACGUAUUUGUGUCACAAGCGAAGCCGGAUGAGCCGCCCAGUAAAAGUGAUUAUUAUGAAUGGUACGUGAGUUUUUACGGUGAGGCACCAAAGAAUGAUAAUCCGACCGUCAUACCACCACCACCUGAUGUUAUGCCGAUUGUGAAUAAUACCGCUCAAUAUGUCGCCAGAUACGGAGUUCAGGCUGAACAGUUCUUAUCAGGACGGCUCGACCACAAACUAGGGUUUCUGCAUGCCGAUCAACCGUAUUACGGUUAUUAUCACUCACGCAUUCGGUAUUAUCAGCAGGUGGACGCAGCAUAUUUGCAGUAUCACCAGGAGCAGUGCAGUAGUGCUGCUUCUGCUGCUCCCGCUGCCGAUACAGAAGCUGAUGGCACGAACGGUGACAGAACAAAUGACGUGUCGCUUAAUGAGUUAUUGCAAGCGCCUCCGCCACCACCUCUACCUUUCAUGAAUAGAAAGAUGCGUCGGCGUGGCUUCCAUGACCCACCGCGUGCAGCCGAAGCCGAUCUACAAAGUAUUGCUGAAGUUGGACUAGUCAGUCCAGAGAUUCAGAUGAGUAAAGUACAGUCGUCUCCUGCACUUUUGAACAGUGCCAGUGAAAGGGAAACGAGUGGUAGCCCAUCAGCUAAAAAGGCAUCUACAGGGCCAAUUUCCUUCUCGCUGAAUAUGGCGCAGAUGAGUAAAGUACAGUCAUCUCCUGCACUUUUGAACAGUGCCAGUGAAAGGGAAACGAGUGGUAGCCCAUCAGCUAAAAAAACAUCUACAGGGCCAAUUUCCUUCUCACUGAAUGUCCAAAAAACGGAAGAUAAAAAGAUCUCAAAGACGAUAAGUGCAGUGCGGCUUGGUGCUGAUGAGGAUGAUGAGGAAAAUGGCGCAACAGAAAUGCUGGAUGUUCCUCCCGGUGUUUUCACUAACGUAAGUUUGCAGGAUGAUCAAAAGCUAUGUUUUUACGGAAAUGAACACCUUUGA